AAAUUUAAAAAAAUAAAAAAAAAACUUGUUUCUUUUUUAAUUCAUAUACCCAAAAGAACGUAAUGGACCCUCACGAAGAAAAACCCAUUGCAUCGCCUACACCCAUCAAACCAAACCGCCACCGUGAAACUACUAUUUAUGCCAAAUCCGGCGCCUUAGACACGCCACCUUUUUUAAACACACGCAAAGGAUCGACCAGCUCUAUUGGAAGCAGUUCGGGCAAUGGCAACGGCGGUAGUGGUAGCGGACCCUCUUUUACACAACGUUUAAUAGAACGUGGUGUGGCAGUGCCUAGUUCCUUCUCGAGCUGGGAUAAAGUGCGCCCCUCUGAAGAGUCUUCCUCACCAGGUUCUUUUGAUUUUGAUUCGUACUACGGCAUGUCACCCUUCAUUACACCUUCGUUUUCAACAGCAGCCGAAGCCGCUUCUCAUUUUCAACAUGAUGGUGCACUUUAUAAGUCGCUUCGUCACCGGUACGAAAAGGAAAAGACAAAUAGUGGAAGCAGUAUUCGUUUAUUAAGUGAAGAUGAAGAAGAUGGAGGCGUUGUGUCGUCACCCGAGUUUACUAAAAAGAGUCUUAGCGAGACGACACAAGACCAGAAGCAACGCAGAAAAGAUCGAACAGAAGACAGUGAUAUUGAAUUAUCAGAUGAAGAAGAGGAAGGAGGCAGUAUUACACCUACUCAAAAUAAACUUUUCCCUUUGACUCAAAGACCACGUCGAUCCAGAUCUCCGCUUUCAUUUCAGCCUGCUACUGACGAUGGUAUUUUUGACAUUUACAACCCCCAGAGCUAUGAAGAACAGGAAGAGCCUGUAGUAUUGUCAGAAACAGUCGAAAGGUUAAAGAAACUCUUGAUCACAAAACCACCGACACAACAACCCAAACCUCUUCCCAGCCCACCACGUCAACAUUUAUUACAAACACCUGUAUUUCAAGUGGUUAAUGCUAAUUCCGUCAAGGACCGUUAUUUAUUUCUAUUCAACGAUUUACUAUUAAUUUGUAAACCCAUUAUGGAUGAAAAUAUCAUUGUCAGUACGUCUACCAGAAACAGUUCAGAGAGGAAUCGAUAUCGUUUUCGACCGAAUGAAAAUUCAUUAUUUCAAGUUAAGAAUAUUGUUCAAUUGGGUCAAUUGACACUUUAUAUCUCGAAAGAAGAUUAUUACACAACCACUUCACCUAAUUCGGCCAUCGAAAUUGGGAUGGAUGGUCGACCUAUUUUACCGCCUGCAAGAAAAAUUCAUCCCAUCAUGGCAUCCGCUUUACGUAAAUUCGAAACCAAUGCUAAUCUAGGCAUUCAAUACCUGGUAGAUAAAGGCGUACUGACACAUGAUCCUUUAUCCAUUGCCAAUUUCCUGUUCAAAACACCGGACCUCAAUCGACGUCAAUUAGGUUAUUACCUCUCCGAUCUCAAAAAUGCCGACGUCUAUGAUGCAUUUUUAGAGUGUUUCCGACUGGUUGGAUUACGGUUGGAUGAGGCACUUCGGAUUUUAUUGACAACUUUUCGGUUACCUAGUAAUUGGGAAUCUUUGGAAUAUUUGAUCGAGCGAUUUGCCAAAAAAUGGCACGACGCCAAUCAGAACGUGAUUAAAUUUCACGAAGAUAUGGUUGUCAAGGUGGUGGUUGCCAUGCUCUUUUUAAACGCAGAAUAUUGGUACGACGCUACAUCAGAAAGAGAUGUGUUUUGGUAUGCACGCGAACUAAAGGAGCGUCAAGAUCGACAGGCUAAGCGAAAGAUGAGUGUCAUUGAUUACCAUCGCACUAACAUCAGACCCAUCAGUAAAUUAUCGUCAUCUGCUACUACUGCCUCUAGUAACAGCAACAAUAACAACAAUCGACAGAGUGUGACAGUAGAACCGCUUCAUUAUAUCAUGGCAUUACGAGAACGAGGUGAUAAACAACCCACUCUAGAGGACUUUUUGGAGAGAUGGAAUUACUAUGAUCAGUACCAUUUGGUGCCACGAGAAUUCAUGGAGGAAAUGUACAAGUCCAUCAUGGAAGAAAAGUUCGAAACAGGAUGGGAUAAUAAGACGGGUAAGAGAAUACCGACCAACGAAGAAGAAAAUGGCGUGUGUCGACCUAAAGUUGUAUCACCCUCAGUGCAGCAAGGAUCCCAAGACGUUGUCAUUACAGUGAUACCACAUAGAUUACCAACUCGUUUGACAAAGGGAACUCCAUCCGAACCCAUUGCCAUUUCGAUUCCCUCUCCCGAUAAAGGACUACAAAUCAAGUUACGAGGUCAAGAUUUAGAGUUCAAACCAAAUGUUUUGGAUUUUUCAAAUUCGUGUAUUCAAACGUUUACAAUCACUGGUAAUACGCUAGGAAGAACAUCCCUCAUGUUUAUCAAGACAGGUGAAAACGCCGGUAAUUAUGUGAGUCCAACCUUACCGAGAACCAAAAGCGUGGUAGUUGAAAGACCUUUUAUGCGUUUCACAUUCCAAAUCGGCUUUAAACAUUCAGAAAAAGACUCGAUAAGGAAAAAGCAAGACAAAAAGAAGAAGAAAUCCAACACAAAGGAAGAGGACGAGGAAGAAGAGGAAGAAGAAGAAGAAGCAGAGAAGAACCCAAAUGUGGUGAAUCGCAAAUAUACCUUUAGUGUGGAGACAGAAGAAGAAAGAAUUCAAUGGUUAGAAGCUUUAAAGAAAUUGGGCGGCUAUUUGAACGAGGAAGCCAAUCAAGCAAAUAUAGAUAAACUAUAUGCUUUAUCAUCUGAAUCAAGAGUGGCGUUACAAGUUUUAAAAGAGGUCUUGUUGGCCGAUGAAAUUAAGAAAGGCACAGUCAGGUCUGCCGACGGAAAUGUCAACACACCUUUGGAUGAAAAUCACCGACAUGACCGCACCAUACGUUUAUUAUUACCCAAAAAGAAUAAUGCCGAAGAUAUUGUGACAACCAGUACCACCGCCAAUGUUGUAACUAAACGAGGACACGAAAUUAUUAAACUUGUUGUGCAGAACUCUAUGGUUCCACUAGUUUUAGGCUUUCUUAAAAACCAAAUACCAUGAUUUAAAUAAAGUUUAAUACCAACUUAUUGUUUCCAGAGAGAGAA